AUGACCACAUUUUGGGAAGAGGUGGGAGUCCCAAGCAAGCAGAUCACAGGUGAUAACUACAGUCAAGUAGGCAAAUGCUGUGAGCAGAUAACUAUAGAGCAGAAGAAGGUGGACAAGUUCCGUGACGGGAAGGAAUACGAUAUUUACGUCUCGUACGCCAGGAAUAUGGAAGAAGAGGACUUCGUGCUGCUGACUCUCCGCGGCGUCUUGGAGAACGAAUACGGCUAUAAGCUCUGCAUUUUCGACCGAGACAGCCUCCCUGGGGGAAACAUCACCGAAGCCAUCUUCGACUUCAUCCAGAAGAGCCGGAAGAUGAUUGUGGUCUUGAGCCCCGAUUACUUUCUGGAGAAGAGCAUCAGCCUUCUGGAGUUCAAACUGGGCCUCCUCUGCCAGAACAACAUCGCCACCAAGCUGGUGGCGGUGGAGUACCAGCCUUUGCCACGAGCCCACCCAAGCGUCCAGCAGCUGAAGGAAUCCGUGGCCUUCGUGGCCUGGAAAGGAGAGAAGUCCAAGCACCUGGGCUCCAAGUUCUGGAAAUCCUUGCGCCUAGCGUUGCCCCUCCAGAGCCUCGGCACCUGUGGCAACGCCGCCUGGAACGAAAGCUGCUCCUCGCAUUCCGACACCAGCCUGGAGCAGGCCCAGAAGAAGAGGAGCCGGUGGAAAGGGCCACCACCCAAGGCCAAGAGGGUCCCCGUCCAGAGAGGGCUGGCCAACGUUCCCAGGAGGAAGGCCAAGCACUCUCCCCUGGCUUGCCGUUGCUGCGUGGAUUCCUCCAACGAGACGCACCAACUCAAGGGCUCCGGCCAACCGUUGGCCAAGCCCAAGAAAGAGAUUCCGUGCCAGAGGCCGUUGCUGGGGGACUCGGCGGUGGCCCAUCUCCAGAAGAACGGCAUGAAGCAUCCUUCGGAGCCCCAGGUGGCCUCUCUGGGCCUCCAGCAGUUUGCAGAUGUGUCCAAUAACAAUGACUUCUAUGUCCUUUAA